GGAAAAUAAAGUCGCCAGUUGGUGGCUAAGCUCUUUGGUGGAGUUGUUAGAAUACUUCCUUUUCAGAUAUCUUUGUAUGUACUUCGUGUUUUAGACCUUGUCUAACGCUAUGGAUGGUGGAAAAAAGGUCUGGGUCCCCGAUAACGAACAUGGAUUUCGUUUGGGCGAAAUAGUCGAUUUAGGAUCGGACACGAUCAGCGUUGAGGUGGAUGGAGCGAAAGGAAAGGUUUGAAUAGCUGGAAUAGUCACUACGCAUUAUUUUGCGCGUUCCGCGAAGAACCAUGCUUUCUGUUUAAAAUCACGAAGAGAAACAUAUAAUUUGAACUUCCUUGUAGGUUGUAACGGCUCCAUACGAUAGAGUGUUCCCAUCGGAGAAGGAUAACACGAGAGAUUUUGAGGACAACUGUAAGUUUAUUUUCUUAAAAAAACUCCAGCAGUAAGGUGUCAGUUGUAAGGAAUCAACUUGGUGGAUUUACAUUUAGACUUUUGAGUGUUUGUGGUGAAUCAUUUUGUCGAUUUUGAAAUAAUUUUCCCGUAGUUUAAAGUGUCUGUUGGCCUAUAAAAUUUUCACAAUCCGUAGGUGAUGGUGAGUUCGUAACUUUCUGACAGAUGUUUUACCGUAUAUUUUCGGAGAAACUGAUUAAAUUUCCUUGUUGUAAUUGAUUCAGACAGUGUUGGCAUCUGAAAAUCUUGUAAUUUAUUACACGCUGUCAGCGUUUAAAUCAUGUAAAUCGCUAACACUUAGUUGAAAGAUGGGUUGAAAUUGCGAGAAAUUAAAAUAUAACGAAAGUUUCGGUAAAAAAUUUAUAGGAUUCCGACCACUAGCUAGGUACGUGGGUCAAAUAAAAAGAAAUGAAAACCAGAAAAACCACACGUUACUCCAUUAUGACACACAAGAAAAUCUGAAAAAAAGUAGAAAAAAAGCGAAGGAAAAAAAGAAACUUCAGAAAGUAAACUUGGUGCAACGGUUCAUAGCUAUGCAAACCCUAAUAUACUUUAUGGCUAUUUUGUUCAGUCAAUUUUGCUGAAUAUUUUAUGGCAUAAUGAUUAAAGGGCUUAGUCAUGUUUUUAUAGCUGUUGUAAGCUUGUGGAUAAACUGAGCCAAAUUUCACUUUUAUUACAUAUUUAUUUUCAUUGUUUUAAACAUUAACACUAAAGGUUUUUAUCACUGGACAGCUUUGAUUUUUGUUCUGUGUAGAUCAGGGGGAAGGGCAUCCUGAUCAGGGCAAUCUUUGCGCAUGGACAGUCAUCCAGAUAACUUAAGUGCAAACAUACAUUUAUGUCUAAGUAUGUGCGAUUGGUGAACAUGAGAUGCAAGGCCCAAGGUUAGCACCCUUAACCCUGCCUGAAUUUGAUACCAAGCCAGGCAACACUUGUCAUGCUUUGUGUUUGGAAAAUGUUCUGAAGAUGACAUCAGACUUAUCCAAGGUUUGGCCCUUAAAUGCAUAGCAGUGAACUCCUAGGGUAACUUCAAUUUCUUCUCCAAUAAAAGUAAUGAAUACUUUAGGCUGCUUUGUGUUAUAGAAACCUAACACAACCCCUUUGUUAUGGUCUGAACUGUUGUGAACAAAUGAUACUGAACUGAUGUACUGAUAGCAUUUUUAUUUUCUAAAUUUUUUUCAGGCUCUUUGAUGUUCCUCAAUGAAGCCACUUUGUUACACAACUUGAAAAUUAGAUACCAGAAAGACAAAAUAUAUGUACGUUCUCUUAAAAUUAUAUAGCCCUACAAUUUUCAACUCUUCCUUACCACAAGUGCAUGCUUGAAAUAGACACUUAUUCUUUGUCCUGAAAAGAAGCUGAUAAGGUUACCUGGCUUACUUGAUAUGUAAUUAUCAUGGUCACUGAAUCCAUCAAUAACACAUUGAGAAUGAAGAGUUUUCAAAGCAUUAUGCAAAACAUUUUGUUGUAAAACUCUUAAAAACUCCCUUAACUCUUUAACUCCCAAGAUCUGAUUGUUAAUUCUCCCCUCUAGCUGCUACACAUUUCCUUGUAAAUAAGUUAUGAGAAUUUGGUGAUAGAUCAAGAUAACAACUACCUGAUAAGUUGGAAUAUUCUCAUGACCUGUUUGCUGGAUAAUGUUUAGACAUUUUAGGGAGAAGUCACAUGUUAAUUGCAUUUGGGAGUUUAUGGUUUAGGUUGCUAUUGGUGAAUUUUAAUCUUAUUUAUUUGCUUUUGUAUUUUUUUUUGUGAUUAUAAUGAUUUAUGUUAAGGUCAUUGUGUUGUACUCUGCAUUCUAAAGCAUAUGGUAAUGAUAAAAGUUGGAAGAGACAAUUUAUUCAAAGUUAAUACACAUUUUUCUAAAAUAUCAGAAAUACACUUUGUAUUUGUGAGUCCUUGUUGCCUCAGUGGGCACUAAAAGUUUUCUUGAAUUCUUAUGAUGCAAUUGAGGCAGGGAGAGCUCAAACUGAUUAGCAUAGAUACAAAAGAUUAAAAAAAAGUUGUUGUUGUUUUGAAAUUAAGUCUAUUGUAAUUGGAUCCUAUGAUGUGGAUGUAUUUAAAACAGCAUCCCUUGCCCACCAGGAAAGAAGUGUGUUGUUGUCUCUAUUUGCUGCAGAUAAUUAAUUUUGAUAACUUUCAGCUUUAUCACCAAGCAAGCAUCAUCCUAUGAUUUCAUUAUUCUGCAGACUUAUGUGGCCAAUAUUCUUCUUGCUGUCAACCCUUAUCAUGAAAUUAAAGAACUUUACUCAAAGGAAAGAAUCAAAGAAUAUCAUGGAAAGUCACUGGGGGUUUUGCCACCUCAUGUGUUUGCUAUUGGUAAGCAUGAAAUAUAAUUAUAACUAUGUUUAGGGAAAAUUUUAUUUCUUAAAUCAGUUGUUGGGUGAAAUUUUUCCAAUCUUUAUCAAAAAGACCAUUACAUGGUUGUAUAUGGCUAGUAACUGCUGGUAUAAUACAUAAUUAUGCAAUGACCAUCCUUCUUCGUACUUUUUCUUAGUGAUGCAGAUACUUUUACACUUAAUGCACUUAUGUCAGUAUGCAUUUUCUCCUUGCUGUUCUCCUCACUUUACCUAAGAUGCUGACAAGGAGAAUUUGUGUAACAAUCAAGAGCUUCUUUAGUUGGUGAUCAUGUCCUUCAUUCUCAUGACCUUAAUGUUUGAUUCAGGGGUGAUGUUGUGAGAAGAAAUUAGAUUCUGGUCACUCUUAAUAGGGAUCGAAGAGUUAACCUCUCUACUAUUUACUGGUGAAUCAGCCCACACAGUCAAGCCUCUGUUUUGAAUUUUAGUCUUUAUGGAACCAAUUUUUCCAUAUCUGAAAAAGUAAUUUGUAAUUUUUCAUUUUUUUGAUGUUGAUUUUCAGCUGACAAGGCUUACAGAGAUAUGAGAGCAUAUAAACAGAGCCAGUCUUUGAUUGUUAGUGGUGAGUGUACUCUGUAUCUUGAAUGGUAGUUGAUAUACUUAAACUGGUGCAUUUCAGCCAAGCCUUUGAUUUGGUAAAUAAUCAUGCACAUGAUGUGAUUCUCUAAACACUAGCAACUCUGUAUAUAGUAAUAUUGAAUAAUUUCUUGUUUCAGGUGAAAGUGGUGCGGGAAAAACAGAAUCAACCAAGUACAUUUUAAGGUAUAUGUUUCAAAUCUUGUUUACUAUGCCAUGGUCAUUCUUACACUGAUAUAUACUCAAAGGUAUAGGCACAGGUGGAGGUUAAUUUUAUAUACAAUACUGAUGAGUGUUUUGUUUCACAUUUGGCAGAUAUCUGACAGAGUCUUGGGGAUCUGGUGAUCAGGGCCGCAUUGAGCAGAGGAUUAUUGAAGGUGAAACAUUCAAAAGAUAUGUCACUAAACAAUUUACAUUUGACAUGACUGUUUAGUGAUGAAUUGUUCAAAUCAAUAUCUUCUGAGUUUUUUUUAUACCUUGCCUCAACAGCUAACCCCUUACUUGAAUCCUUUGGAAAUGCCAAAACAAUGCGAAACAUCAACAGUAGUCGAUUUGGAAAGUAUGUUGAAGUUCACUUCAACGAGAAGGUUUGUUUUGAAAAAUAUUUAUUAGAACUGACCUAAAAAGUGUUUCCAAGUAUCAUGAAGGAGUAGUUAGUGAGAGCCAGAAUUUCCCCCUCCCCUGCCCCCACUGUAAUUCUCCUGGUAGAAGAAAACCCAAAGAGGGAAAUGAAGCUGAAGCUUUCAGCUUAAUAGAAAAUGAUUUAUUGCCUUCAAAUUAAUUGCUAUUCCUUACUUUUUAACAUAAUUACUUGACUGUUAGGUUUAAAAUCAGCCACCAGUAACUUAAUUAUAACAUCCAUUUUGUUUGAUCCAAAAGCAGCUGUUUACUUUUUUGUGAUCAACAGGUCACAGUUGUUGGUGGGUUCAUUUCACAUUAUCUUUUGGAGAAAUCUCGAAUCUGCAAGCAAAGUAAAGGGGAGAGAAAUUACCAUGUGUUUUACAGACUUUGUUCAGGAGCACCUCAACAAAUAAAAUCAAAGCUUGGCAUUACAAAGGCAGAAGAUUUUCUGGUAUGUUAAACAAACCCUUUUUGCUACAUCAGUGAUGUAUAACUUACACUUACCUAACCCUUUAAAUGUUAGCAUCAGUAUACAUAUUCUUAAUACUAAUCCAGAAACAUUUCCUAUGGUAAUGGUUUAGAGAAUUUGUCAAACAAUCAGGAGCUUCCUAAAUUGUUGAUCAUUUGAUUCAUUCUCAUUGCCUUCAUUUUUAUUUCAUGACCAAAGCUUUAAGGAGAACUUAGAUGCUAGUUAUUCUUAGGGGUUAGAGGGUUAACUGGAUAUUUAGUCUGUGUUUAAACCCAGAUUAAUACUAGAAAGUUUUGCAAACCCUUGACAAUUUUUUUUUACGUUUUACUUCACGAACAAAAUGCUUUUCUUUAGAGUGCUGUUCACCAUGGGAUUAAUUUUUUCCAUGUUGCAGUACUUAAAGCAGGGUUCAAUCACAGACCCUAAUCUUGACGAUGCAUCAGAUUAUCGUAGAAUGGACGAGUCCAUGAACAGAGUGGGUUUUUCAGGAGAAGAGAAAGCCAACAUCUUCAGAGUUGUUGCUGCUGUGCUUCAUGUUGGAAACAUUUCAUUUGAGGACAGUGGAGACACAGAAGGUAUAAUAUAUCACUUAUUUUUCAUUUUCAAAUGUAACAAAAAAUUAAUAUAUUGUUUUGAUUGUAAAGUUGUCUCUCCCAUAGGCCUUGGUCAGUAAAAUCACACCCUAGAUGAUUUGCAUCAUGAUAGUUAAUACUAGGUUAGAUGAACUUCUUUAGGAAAUUUUCCUUUCUAAAGGGUUUUCUUUUUAUUUUUAAGGUGGCUCUGUAGUAUCAUCUAAAAGUAUGAACUCAUUGAAUACUGCUGCUAAGCUGUUAGAUGUGUCAUCUGAAGAGCUGAAGAUGUCUCUAACUACAAGGAUGAUGUCUGCUGGAGGGUCAAACAUGAGGUGUGGACAGCAUCAACAGGGAAUAUUGUGCUGUAAAAUUCCAGUUUGAUUGAGUAACACAUUUGCCUUUAACCACUCAAAAUAAAUCUGAACGAAAAGAUCAUUAUUGAUUUGAAUUAGUGAUAACUAUCAUGGCUACUGCCUCAGUUAAUAUUAUUAUAAGGUCUCAUCAUUUUUUAGAAUUAAUUAAUAUUAAUGCCUUUGAUAUUAGUGCUCUCUUAACAGUUAUCUGAUCAACCUGUCACCCAUAAUUCUAAUUUUACUCAGUGCUUUUGCUGUUAUUGUCAAUCUUCUUUUGGUUUCAUCAGCGGUUAAGUUGAAAUUGCCAUUACUGAUAGAAAAAACCAUCACCAAGUUAUUACAAAAUUACAUCAAAACUGUUUCGUUUUUAACUGCAUUUAGCUCGUGAUUGAUUUGCAAGUCUUUUCAAACUUUAAAGGUUACCACUAACUUCUUCUAUUAAUAAAAUCUAAAGCUCUAAAUAGCUAUCCACCAUAGGGAGUAUUUUGCCUGGUGCAGUUGUUUCUGUGGAAGGUGUGGGUGAUUUUCACUACUGUCAGACUAAAUUAUGACUAUCAAGGCUAAGUGAAUAUUUAAUGCACAAUUGUAAGUAUUAUAUUCAAUAAUUGGAAGAAUGUCUCCUAUAAAAUCCCAAAAGCAUACAAUAAUACUAAGCUUAAGUUGAUUCUGGAAAGUAUCCUGAACUAUUAUUAAUAGCAAAUUUAAAAUUGCAUCUACCAAAGACGUUCCUCAUAGAAAUAUCAUUCAUUAACCAAAACUUUAGUUGAGGAAGAGGGUCUACUUAGGAAAUGGUUUUAACCAGCCAUGUAACACUCACAGGUGCCUUUUGUUUUUUCGUUGUUUAAACAGAGUUCCCCUUAAACCGGAACAGGCCUGUGCUGCUAGAGAUGCUUUGGCAAAAGCUCUGUACACCAAACUGUUCGAUCAUAUUGUUGGCCAGAUCAAUCAGUGCUUCCCUUUUAAAGAUUCUUUUACUUACAUUGGUGUGUUGGACAUCGCUGGCUUUGGUGAGCUGAACAGAACACAUAUUUCUUACUAUUGUCAAUUGAUAGUCUAUGAUACCCAAGGCUUCUUGUUAAAGAUAAAUAGGAAUUGAUACAUGGGCAAGCGUAGUUACGGAAUUUCUCUUGGAGUUUUCAACUUGAUAGCUCUCCUUAGAUUGAGAAUGGUGGAUGCUUUGCCCUUCAUUUAUCAACCUGUCAGAGUGGCGCGAAAGGCGAGUAACGAGUUAGCAGCUAAUUGGUCAUAUCAAACACACGUGAGAAAAUUAUUGUAAUUUUGCACGUGUCCAGUUACGGCUUGUCCCACUGGGCUGGAAAUCCUAAUUAAACUCUGCGGUUUAUAUGAUAUGUAAUAUUUAGCGAACAUAUCGUCUUCUUUGGACUGCAAAAAGAGAUCUAGAACAUAGUAAAAAAAAUUGCAUAGCAGCAAAACUCACACUCAUGGUGGAUUUUGACCCGCUAAGGUGUUGAUGAAUAAUAAGUGGAUUGAGAACAACCAUGUUCUAAACAGGAAUGUAAAUUGGACAUGAGAUGACUUGGUAUGGAAUAAUGCUAUGAAUAAUGGUUUGUACUGUAACAGUGGCUCAAAGAUUUUUUACAUUUUAUUUUCUACUGUAUACAAAAAUAUAUCAUUGAGAAUUGAUAUAUUUUUUAUCAAACAUUUUCUUUUCUUCAGAAUACUACGAAUUCAACAGCUUUGAACAGUUUUGCAUCAACUACUGCAAUGAAAAGCUGCAGCAACUCUUUAAUGAUAGGAUACUGAAACAAGUAAGUGGUGAUGAUGGAAUUUCCAUCAAUAAAUUAACAAGAAAAUUCGUUUUUACUGUAAAAGGUUAUACUAAUGUCAAUAAAUUCUGAUUUGCUUUAACUGCUUCAAAUCACAGGAACAAGAGUUGUACGACAAAGAAGGGCUUGGGGUCAAAUCUGUAACGUUUGUGGACAAUCAAGAUUGUAUUGGUAAGUUGCUAAGAGCAACUGUCAAUUGAGUGUCGAAUAUAAUCUGGGAUUGCUCUGGUUUUCCUCAAUUUCGUUAUAUGAUUGGUCCAGAAAACUCGCGUCAUUUUGACUACCAAUCAGAUUCAAAACUAAAACCAAGCGCGACUUGGUUACUUGCGUUUUCCCGCCCUUCAGGUUGUUUGUUUUUGUUUUUUUUUUACUACGAGGGGGGCUUCCUUGCUAUGAUUGACGGUUGAAAUUACUUUGGUUUCGGUUUAACGACACUUAAUCGGAAAGCGCUCUAUACCGGUGCAUCAAAAUCAAUCAAAGCUUAAAUCCUUCUGAAAGUCUACCCACGGUUCCACGCCUGACAAUUCGAAAGGACUAGGAGCAUUGCUGCUCAAUAUAUCACCUGUUAGAUUUUUUCUCUUUGAAAUGAAGACCUAAAAAGAAUAAAGCAAGCUGGCCGACAACUUUCUAAAGAGAAACGAACCCUGAUAUACGGACAGACAGAGAGACGGACUCAGACAAACCCAGCAAACAAGCGUUAAAUACCAAAACUUGAAUUAAGUUUAAUAGAACCAAGAAGAAAUAUGUAUUUCUGCUCCAAAGUUCAUUUCUGGUAUAUGACGAGUAACUGUGAGUAAAUAUUUUAUUUUUUAAGCACAUAUGUGAAUGGUUUCUUCAAAUUGCAGCCCUUAUUGAAGCAAAAAAGACAGGAAUUAUUGACAUUUUGGACGAGGAGAGCAAGCUUCCUAAACCCACCGCAGAACACUUCACACGAGAACUUCACCAAAAACACAAGAACCACUUCCGGUUGGCGGUGGGUACCUGAUCAAAUCAUCCAUUCUUUCAACUGAUGCCAUAUAUCUUUGUAGAUAGAUCAGUGGGCUAUUUGGAAAGCGCAGCUAAGGAGUUAUCACUCGAAGGAGCUGGGAGCAAAUUAAGGUUGGGCAGAGGACUCGAACCCAAGAGCAACAGCAUAAGACAACUAACCACCCAGCCAUGCUGCCUCUGUAGAUAAAGACUCAACUAAACCAAGGGGAAGUAGGUGGGGUGUUCUAGCAGGGGUGGGUUGGGUGGUUCUUUUCCUCAUUGUCCUGAUGGCGUUCUAAUGUAAGUCAGGUUGUUAUAAUGUUAAUAUGUUCACUUUUUCUUCACAAAGAAGGGGUUAAUUGCACCCUAUAAAUCUCUCUUGGGUACAGCACGCCCAUGUGAAGUUAACUUCCUGUGUUCAUGAGGUUUUGUUGCAUUAAAAGGAAACUAUAAUAAACUUAUUAAGCAUUCAUACCUUUUAGCUCCCCAGAAAAUCUCAUCUGAUCUACCACAAGAAAAUGCGAGACGAUGAAGGCUUCCUUAUACGACAUUUUGCUGGCGCUGUCUGUUACCAAACGGUAAGUUUUAUAGAUACUUACCAUGGGUAGCUAUAGAGUGAUUCUUUUGUCAGCGAAUGAUAACACAAAGCUUUAAGACCUGUGAGGCAAUCGCUGAAAACUCUGUCUUUGAUGAUUUGUCCAAGAAGUAACUCAAAUGUUUCAGUCAGUCAGUCAGUUCGUAAUGUACCUUGCACAUCAGGUUGGUCAAAAGAUGUGCCUACUUCUACAUGAAGUAAGCUUAGUUUGUAAACUGCGAACAAAACGAAAACGUUCAGUUUACCUUUAUUUUCAAACUUUCUGGCCGGAUAUUUUCUUCUCUCGUCACACAAGAACCAUUGUUUUUCAUUUAGUGAAAUCCUUGCUCUGUGAUUUCAUUUCAGUCGGAUUUUAUAGAGAAGGAUAAUGAUGCUCUUCAUAGCGAUCUGGAAGAAUUAAUACAAGACAGCAAGGACUCUUUCCUCAAGAGUCUGUUCCCAGGUGUGGCACCGAAGAAUAACGAUAUCGGCUCGUUGUCGUUCGGUUCUCCUAUCACUCGGUCAGGCAGUAGGAAACUUGGAUUCAUCAGCGUUGGCAAUAAAUUCAGGGUAAAAACUACAGUUUACCUCAUUUUUGACAAUUUUCAUUUUAUAUUUAAGUGCUUAAGGACUGGUCAUUUGUCAUUUUAAAACGUAGGGUGAAGCAGGGGGGGAGGGGGUCAGAGGAGUUUGGCUGUGUCACGGUCAAAUUUACCUGAUUCCCCAAUAAGGUUUUGUAAUAUUCUCCUCCCUCCCUCCCCCCCUCCCCCCCCUCCCUCCCCUCUCCCCCCCCCCCCCCCCCUCAUUGGCCCUUAAUUGGUCUCCAAUUUUCUAUAGUCCUCUCCUUAUACCCUCUUGGCGACUACUCUCCCCCCCCCUCUUUCCCCUCUCCCUCUCCACGUGAUUCUUCUCCCUCUCCUUCCCCUCCCCUCCCCCUCAGGUGAUAAAUUGAUGAUUUUCUAUAGGGUCCUUAUGCUCUCUUGGCGACUACUGUAUUUAUCGUUCUUGUUUGUGUUUUGAAGGCUCAUUUGACGGGAGAGACGAAAGUCGAAUGAGCAAUACUGUAGAUUAUUAUCAUGCGAAACAUUUAUGUCCUUAGUCUUUUAAACGAGCUUGGAGAAAAUGAAAUUGUGCCUCAAAACCAUUUUAAUACCCAAUUUACUGAUUAUCAUCUAUCGACAGAAACAAUUGAAUCAACUGAUGGAGAAACUCGACAAAACGGUUAGUGAAAUUCAAUAUAUUUUCUAGCUCACUAGGUAAUACCCACCUUAAAAAGUGUCACUCAAGAUGUAAUCGUAGAAAAAUUGCGCUCUACAAUCAGGAGAUUGUCUUUGUUCAUUUUGUUGUGUUUGCUGAACGUGUUUAGGGGGCAAGUUUUAUUCGAUGCAUCAAACCAAAUGGAAAGAUGACCGCGCGGGAUUUUGAAGGUGGUUCAAUUUUGAGUCAACUGGAAUGCGCUGGAAUGGUUUCUGUGCUGAAUUUGAUGCAAGAUGGCUGGCCAUCGAGGGCACCAUUCAAAGAUCUUUACCAAAUGUGAGUAGAGAUGGUUUAGAGAACGAAGAAUACCGAGAACUGGAAUCUUGAUUCCGCUCUAUGAUCUCAAUGAACUAGGUUACGACAUAAGCUUUUUAUUAUUUACAACAUCAAGCCAGAUAACAUUUUUUCCCUGCGUGGCAUUAUCAUGCAAUUCCUCCUAUGUCCAUCAGGCGUUGAUGCAUAUGUAACAACUUUUAUUGUGCGCCUUUUAGGUACAAAGAUUAUUUACCACCUCGACUUGCGCGACUCGAUCCAAGGAUGUUCUGCAAGGUAAGUAACGAAUACUUUUGAUUGUUACAUACAGUAAUUUGUGUUUUGACUCGGCUGCUUUGGAGAAAUGAGCCAAUCGCCACUGUUUAAAAUCAGCCAAUCAAAAUUGAGCGUAAUGCUACGUUAAGAGACAAGUGAGCAGUCGACCUCAUGUCCUGAUGAGGAACAGCAGUUUGUGGCCGAAACGUUGUAAACCAUAUCUUAAGUACCUACAUGGUGAGACAAACGAAAACAUUUCAUCAUGUAUAAAACCAAAGUAACCAUUUUGGCCAGAACAAGCGUACUUAUCGCAACAAGCAAAUGGGAACUCAAACAGAUAAAGGGCUGGUAGAGCAGGAAAACGGGGGUGACUAGAUUGAGAUUUUUUUCAGGUUUGCAUCUUGUUGGUUGUUAGGUGGCGUGAGUGUUCCGGAUCAAUCACAAAGUGUAGCGAAGUAAAAUCAAAGUAAUCAUGAAUUACUUUUGAGGCUUAAGUAGUCUAAAAACUGUGUUAAAGCAGUACUCUGUUCUAAAAGUUGACGAUUUCUUGUUUUUUUUUGUUGACAGGCUUUGUUUCAUGCCCUUGGUAUGGAUAGCAAAGAUUACAAGUUUGGCCUUUCUAAGAUCUUUUUUCGCCCUGGCAAGGUAGAGUAGAAAAAAAAAAGUUAAACUAUGACAGCAUUCUACACUUUCCAUGUGGUGUGUUUCUUACAGUAGCAACGAAUUUGUGCAUAUUUCUUGCUAUGUGCAAUACUUAUGACUUCAACUCGCGCCGUAGAGCAAGAUUCCGAUAUCGGUGAUUAAUUGGCACUUCGAAGAAAAAGGAAGAUAUUGCAAAACUGUAAUACUCUAACGCAUAGCUUUGUUGACCUUUUCACCAUAUUUCUUUCCCUAUCGCCACAUUAAAGGCUUGGGACAUGCCUUAUCACAGCAUAGGACUGGGACUGGAAGCUUGCCGCUAGCGCUCCUUGUUUUUAAAGUAGCUGGCCAUCGAGUCCCUGUCGCUUAGCGGUUGAGUAUUCGGCCACCAUGAAACUACGAACCGCUUGGAAUUGGAAUGUUCACGGGGAACGUAGAUUUUCCUUUGUCCCUGUAAUUUGUGAUGGAUGUUUGACAUUGUUCUCAAUUAUUUCAUCUGUAGUUUGCAGAGUUUGACGAGAUUAUGCAUUCAGACCCUGAGAGCCUAAAGAAUAUCAUCUCUAAAGUUCUUACUUGGUUGAUCCGAACUCGCUGGAGACGAGCCAUCUGGGGAACGUUGUCUGUCAUCAAGUGUGAGUAAGAGUCUGUGCUUAAGCUCCAAAAGACUUAUUUCUAAGCCUCGUCCUUGUUAUUUCUAUUUAGUAUUAGUUCUGUGGUUUUUCUAUCUUACAUAUAAAUUAUCUCUGGGAAGUGGCCGAUGUUUAAGAAAGUCUGGGCGCAAAAGUAUAAGACUUUGCUUCACUGUGUCGGGAAUGCCUUCAGCGGCAACAAUAGUGUAGUUUCCCGGGCAUGCCAUAAUUCUCAAGUUUUCAAAUACAACCGAUUUCUUCCCACACUUCAGUACAAAAUUCUUGAUGAAAAGGGAUACGCUUGUUUGCAUUCACAUUCACAAAUCUGUCAACAAAAAAUCUUACCUUUGAUCGACCUCAGUCUCUGACAAACACUUGUGAUUAGUUCAGCAAACUCGCACCAAGUUAAAUCAAUGGGUCAGUCACGUUUUCCCGGUGCUUGAGGCAUUUUGCUUUAAUCUUGAUACCUUUGGAUCCUCAUUGGCUCUUUUACUUUUUUUUCUGUGUGUCCUGUGUUUUUAGAGGCGGUCGUAAUUAUUUUGGUUUUGAUUGUUCCAGAAACCAUUUACUUUUCGUUGACUUAUUCCUUCAUUUGUGAUCUUUAGUGAUGAAGAAGAUUGAAUUCCGGGCAGCAGCUAUCAUUCGCAUUCAGAAAAAUGUUAAAAUGUUUAUGGCAAUAUGUCGCCACAAACCUCGGUAGGUGUUACGUUGAGGAUUGUUCAAGUUAGUUACGAAGUCAGCGGGUUUUUUUUGUUUGUUUGUUUUUUGUUUUAGUUGUGGAGUCGUUUUAUGAAAAUUUGUAUCUAUUUGUGAAGCAUCUUCGAAAGUUGAACCCUCUACAUCCUAAAAUCAGUACGCAUCGUCUCCAUACUCUUCUUCAUACAUUUCCUGUGGUGCUGAUAAGGAGAAUUUGUAAAUAAGUCAAGAGUUUCUUGAAUUGGUGAUCAUCUCCUUUACUCUCAUGACCUUACUGUUUGAUUCAGCAGUGAUAUUGUAAGGAGAAAUUAGAAGCCAGCCAUUCUUAGGGUUCAAAAGAUUGAUAGCCUCAAGGACAAAGAGAGCUUUUCAAGCGGUGUGCGAUUGAAUAGUAAUUUGUCGUUGGCGUUAUGUAGUUAUAUCUAUGGUGACAAAUGUGAAAACAGCCAAAUGUUUGACAAACCUCAAAUUCCUGCUCUGUGUGCUACUUUGACUUCGUUUUUUUUUUCUACAUUAAGACAGUCGGUUAAUCGAUGUUUGAUCAUUUUGAACUGUUUCCAGGUAUCAAGGCAUCAUUAAAAUCCGAAAACUACAGGUGCAACUUGAUAAUAUAGGGAAACUAGGUGAGAAAAUGAUUCUCUUGUUUGUUUGUUUGUUUUUUUAUUUGCACUCAUAAUUGUGUCACUAAAUUUCCUAAAAGUUCUAUUUGUGGGGGAUAUAGUGGCCGGAUGGUGUGCGUGUGGGACCCUCUUUUUACAUCGUUUCUUACUCAAUUUUUAAAACUGAAUUUAAAAUAAAAUAGCAAAUAUUUAAAAAGAAUUGUUAAAAAAAUGUUGCUCGUGUCCUGGCCGAGUCACUGAGUUGUGUUCCUGGACAAGAUACUUUACUUUCACAAUACCUUUCUUCACUGAGGGAGUUCAAAUGGGAACAGGCAAACUUCUAGGGAAGCCUGAUGAAAUGCUGGGGGUUAACGGGGAUGGACUAGCUUUUGAAGUAGAAAUUCUCCAAACUCCUUCUUGCUUCACAAAUCGACGAUGGGCACUAGGCAGUUAUGGGCCUGCCACUUAACCUGUAAGACUCGACCUAACCCUCCCCCUCCCCUAGCCUAUUGAAUAACUGCAAGUGGUUUAAUCUUCACGGUAUUUUUUUUAUGUUCUGGAUUAGUGGGUUCUCUGAAGAAAGACCAAAGCGUACUGGCUAAAAACGUGGAGGGACUCAAACAAGCCAUUGAUGAUGCUGUGAUCAAAGUCAAGGUAAACUUGCUGUAAAAUUAUAACACAAAGCUGUUGUGUUUUUUUAUUAUGAUUAUUUUCGUCUACAUACGACACAAAUCAAGAUCGAAUUAUUUUUAUAACUUACUGUUCUCUACCAGCUGAAAAUUAUUAAGGCAGGGUUCAAACUCUGUUGUGGAUACAUAUAUAUGAGAGAAUUAACUGGAUUUUUUACAUAUCACUGGCCGCGCGCUUUGCUCAACCUCGGAAAUGACAUAAGCUCGUUAACUUUUUUUCUUGCUUUGAUUAUGUUUAAAACUGAAAUAAAUUUGUUUUCUGCAGGGUAAUUUAAUGAAGCGGGAUGCUAUCGAUACACUGUACUUUGGACUUGUCAGUAAUUUAAACAAACAACUGAAGGACGUUGAACAGCGAGUAGAAAAGCAAAAGGUCGAAGAGGAACAAGAACGACUCAGAAAAAUACAAGAGCAGAUGGAACUGGAAAGAAAGAGAAGGGAAGAGGAAGAAAGGAAGAGAAAACAGGAAGAAGAGGAGAGAAAAAUGUAAGUUGAACAGGGCUGCAAUUCACAUUUGUUAAAUAAGGUCCAAAUAUAACUUUUUAAAAACAUUUUCGAACAGGCGAAUGGAAAUGGAGGUGAGACGGAAACUGGAAGAGGAAGAGCAACGCAAGAAGGACGAAGAAGAAAGAAUAAAAAGAGAGAAAGAAGAGGCUGACAGACAAUUACAGGUGAACAAAAUAGUAAACUGUGGAUGAGUGAAAAAACGAGGGAGGUUUGGGUCGGGUUCAUUGCGCGACCCGACCCAACUCUCUCUCUCUCGUUUUUUCACUCCUCCGCUACUAUCGCGCUUCGCUUUACUAACUGAACGCCCAGAACAGGCCAAAAGGCACUCAGUCACAGUCAGUCGGUCAGUGGUAAACAUGUUAAGUUAGACGGUCAAACUAGUUGAGGCGAGGACAUUCAGACAUGCGCACAGAAAGACAGACGAAUAAACAGGCAGGGAAACGAACCUGAUGAAGGACAAACACAAGGCAGACGUAGAGGAGGAUGAGUACACAGACACACGGGCCGUUUGACUCAUGUGCAUUUAACUCUCACUUCCUUCAAAUUACUAAUUACCCUAUCUCUUGGUGUGUCACCCACGACCAGCAGGUCAGUGAGUGCUGAAGGGUAGUGUUCAUCUAUAUUUGUCGUCAUAUUUAUAUUUAGGCUUUAAAAGCUGCAGAAGAACAGAAAGCGAGGGAGGAGGAACAACGGAGGUAAGUUACUGGUUCAAUUUUUGACAGAAAUUUUAAAAAUUGCGGUAGCAUUGUAUGAUGCUAAAAACUGGCUGUAUUUUUCACGAAGGAAAUAGAAAAAGCUGUUUUUCAUUUAUUGGAAACCGAUUAAACGAAGCGUCCUUCUAGCAAGUCUCGGGUUCUUUUAAUUUGUUCUCUGUUGACUUGUGUUUACUUUAGGUGGGCGAUGAUUGAACAGGAACGCAGAGACCGGGAACUAGCUUUACGGCUUACACAGGACCCUGACGCUUUGGACGCAGAAGUGCAACAGGCUCCCCAGCUACCACUACAGAGGUGAGCUGAAGACACUUUUUUUAACAGCGGCAUUUCCAAUAUCCUGGGAACAAUCUCCACCUGAUGUUACCUCUUCCUGGGCUAUGAUCCUGGCCAGCGUUGAGUACUGUAUUCAGGUCUUUUACCAUCCUUUUUUAUUUUUUCAAGUCUUUUUUUCUUCUUUCAGAGCUCUGCCACCGCGAGAGAAAAAGAAGCACGACUUAUCAUCUUGGAAAUAUGCCGAACUGCGGGAUACCAUUAACACGUCCUGCGGUGAGUAGCAUUAUGAUGUGUUGUUUGGUUGAACAGGAAGCACAGUCCGUUUACAGGCUACCAAGAUAGCAGUCGGCUCUAGGACUGGAGAACGGUCCUCAUCGAAGAGUUAUCAAGAUCAAGAUACUUAUCACAUCUUAUUUAGAAGGCGUUUCCGUCUCUAUUUAAGCGGGAGAAGCGUAAGCCGCGCAAAGGCUUGGGGCGAAAGCGAGCUAAAAAUAAAAAGCUACGAGGGGGGGAUGGUAGGGAUGAGGGAAGGAGAAAAUAGGCCUUCUGCCGAGCUUAGAGACUAAAAACAGCUCUUCAAAGGUGGCUGAAGAGUGCAGACAAGUCUUAGAUAAACAAAACAGAAUCGGUGCAUUUUAGAACUCGCUUCAUGCAUUUUUUUAUUAAUCGAACAGUUCAUUUUGCAUUUAUUUUUUUCAAAAACAAAGCUGGGUAACUACUACCAAAAAAAGAUUCACUACCAAGGAAAUCUCCCAAACCUAUUAUUUUUUGUCCGUUCUGGUGAUUGCAGACAUUGAGCUUCUGGAAGCCUGCAGGUUGGAGUUUCAGCGGCGGCUUAAGGUUUAUCAUCAGUGGAAGAAAACCAACAAGGCCCGAGGCACAGACCAAGAAGGUGCUCCUCAAAGGGCCCCACAGGAUAUUAUGGUAGCAGGUAGGUUCAGGAUUUCCCAGAGGGAUUUGCGGUAGACUGAUUUGAUUGGUCGAACAAACUCAGAAAGGCCAAAACAACGAGCAGUGCGAAUUCUUGACGUUUAUUUUGACAGACUCCUUUCAUGACCAUUUUCUCUCAGCGUGCGGUACUCGGUUCAAUCUACUCUAUGUCCACGUACCAAAUACUGGAAGCUUUAAUUAUGGAGCCUCUAAAGAUCUGCGAAUCGGAGAGGCAAAGAUCUCAGGUUCUCAUUGCCAACUAACGAAUUAUUUUUUUUCCAGCGGAAAAUGCCCCACCCCUCCCUCCUCGACCUAGUCGUCCAGAACAGGCUACUGCUUCUCCAGCCCUCCCCCCACGAAGGCCGCAAAGAUAUUUCUGUGUACCGUUUAUACGUCGGUCUAAUCAGUAUAGAGAUAGUGAGUUCAAGAAACAGGGAUCUUGGUAAGUGCAAUGGUAUCAAGUCUUUUUUCGGCAGUCUAUUGCUGUUUUGGUUCUUCGUCCAAAGGUUUAUUUAGCGAUUUAUGUGAGAACAAGUUGUAAAAUUUGUUUAAAAAAAACCGUGGAUCAGGGACAUGACCAGAGACUGCCACUGUUGCUUUAAUAGUUACUAUUUCUGGUUUCUGAAGUAGGGUUUUAUAUUAUUUGAGUAAAUUUUUCGAGACGAAGGGACACCUCGUAGUCAAACACCAUGGCUAAACCUUGCUGUUGAUGCCAGCGUAAAGCAAGGUUUAGCCAUGGUGUUUGAUCACGACGAGUCCCUUAUUUUUGACGGAAUAUGUCGCGCGAGUCAAAAAUGAGAGAAACGAAAAAAGAAUUGGCGCAGCGCGCUAACAAAAAUUUUAUCUUUCAACGAUUUUUUUACUCGCGUGUUGGACUUUGCCAUAAAGAAGGGAAUGCUCGUGUAAUGCUGUAUGAUGUCAGUGAAAAUGAUUUGCUUAAAGGCAGGUGUUGUGUCUGUCUUCCCGUUAGGUUUGCACACUUUGAUGGACAAUGGAUAGCGCGCCAAAUGGAGAUUCAUCCAGGCAAAUCUGCCUUGUUGCUGGUCGCAGGGGAAGAUGACCUGGACAUGUGUGAGCUGAGUUUGGACGAGACACGGUUGGCGCUGCGCCAAGGGGCUGAGAUUACCGUUAGAGAUUUUGAGAUCGAGUGGCAGAGACACGGUGGAGCUCCACGGGAGUACCAAGCCAAAAUAUUUCAACAACAGAACUGAAUUAGACAGGGAGGAGUAGGUCGGGGAAAGGGGGCUUAAUAGUAAUGGUAAGGUUGACCAAAGAGGGGGAGGGAAGGGAUGUGAUAUGGCGUUAUUUGACUUUCGUAUUAUUGCACGCACUAAACGGAACCUUUAGUUUAGAAAACAUAAGUAAGCCAUCCUUUGGUAAACCCUGCCGCGGUAUUCCCUAAAAACUGAUUCAUUUGUUUGGUAGUAACUUAAUAACCUUGUUGCACAUCUGGCUCUGUCAAAACCCGUCCCAAAGAUACGGCCAUAUCUCUCGUUUUGUGUGAAGACGUAGCAUGAUUUGGUAGCGUUAUUUGCAUGCAAUAGAGUGUUGUGUGUUUCAAAGUCUGUUCUUAUGAUGAACUGAAUUAAGCCUAGGUUUUUUUUGCAAGAAAAUCAGAUAGAAAGCAAGAGUUUAGACUACCUUUUUAAUUGUCUUUUUCUUGUCUAUUUAAGUUGAAUAUCUUGUCUAAUGGCUUCUCUAGUGCUAAAGUUUGGGUACUAGACGUUAUUAGAGGUCAUUUUGUCACGCCAAAUCUAAAUUUUUUUCCCUCAGUCUGUUUGGUAGAGUCACGCCCGUGAGCAUCAUUCUGUCAUUCUGGAUCACACAAUUUCGGGGUCACACUGGCAGGGAAUGUCACACAAUUUUGAAUCAUUCUGUCACUUUUGGGGUCACUGUUUUUAUUAAGGUCACUUAAUUUGAAGUUAAUCUGUCACAAUAGGUAAUACAAUAUUUUGGGUCAUUCCUAAAGGUUGGGGUCAUUCUGUCACACUACAAGAAACAAUUUUGGGUUGAAUCAAUUGGGUAGAGUCAAGUUACUAGAGAGCAUUCUGUCACACUUGGUGAAAAUUUUGGUUUCGUUUUGUUAGGUAAGGCUGCACUUUUUUUGUAAUUUGGUCAUGUUUGCUGAUUCUAAAGUUUAAAGAGAGGUAAUCAUGACAGAAAUGAAUUGAAAUGGAAUCUCAGAAAACCACCACCAUUGUCACUAUUUGCUGAGUUACUGGUAUUGAUGGUUAAUUUACUAUGUAAAUUGUACAUGUUAGUACAAAAAUUGGUCAAUGUUUUGCGCAUCCUUUGCUAUAGCUCAGUAAGUAUCACAUGCCAAGGUUGGUGAAUAGAAAUUGUAUGUUUUGUAAAUGGAACAACAAAUCUGAAAUCCAAUUGUAAUUGUAGCUAGGUAGCCUGUUAGCAUAGAAGUGUUAGGAAUUUGGAGAGAAAUUUUAAAGUUGUUAAAAUUUAACUCUCUUACAAUUUUUUAAUUAAUAAUCACCACAAAAAUUAUUUUGUUGGUAUUUCAGCAACUUCACUAAAUUUGCUUUAGUCCUGAAGGAAUAAGACUCUUCUACACUUAGCAAAGAAAAUUUUUUUCCUCAAGGUUUAGAGCUAUUUUCAAGCAUGUAAAAUAAGCAUGAGAGAGAGUCCUUCCAUAUUAUGCUUGCAACCUCAGAAUUAUUACAGUCCAUGUAUUUCUGUUUUGUCAUUAUUUUUAAUUAAGCUGAAGCUUUUCUGAAAUAACCUCCUUCCAGAGAAUAAAGGAAUACUCAAAAAAGUUCCCAACAUGAAAACUAUUACAUUUGAUUAAGUUAUAAUACAGUAGCUAUGCAUUAAUGGUUAUUUAAUAUAUAGGGAAUUUAUUUAUUUGUUUAAAAAUUUAUUUGUGGCAAAUCUUCAUAGGACCUAGUGGCUGCAAUUCUUUGAUCUAGUCAGAUUUCUCAAUUAAAAAUUAAGGAACUUACCUCUGUACAGAGAUUUUGAAAAUUGAAUGAUUUUUGACAACUGUGUUAGUUGGUAGUGUUAAGUGUAUGUUUCCCUUUCCUCUGCUGAUGUCUGUAUUUGUUCAGAACUUUCUUUAAAUAUAGUUAGGUUUAAGUAUUAAAAAAAAGCAAAGUAAAAGUGAAGUGUAGGUCCAUGUAAUUCUUG